GGGGCGGGGCGCAGUGACGCACCAAGGGACACCGGCGGCGGCGGCGGCGGCAGGAGCGGCAGGAUCAGCAUGGGGAAGCAGAAGAAGGCGCGGAAGUACGCGGUCAUGAAGCGCAUGAUCAGCCUCCGGGAUGAGCGCCUUAAAGAAAAGGACCGGGCAAAAGCAAAAGUGAAGAAGAAAGAGGACCCGAGCGCUAUUAAAGAGCGGGAGGUCCCCCAGCAUCCUUCUUGCCUGUUCUUCCAGUAUAAUACACAGCUAGGCCCCCCUUACCAUAUCCUGGUUGACACUAACUUCAUCAACUUCUCCAUCAAGGCCAAACUGGACCUAGUGCAGUCGAUGAUGGAUUGUCUCUAUGCUAAGUGUAUUCCAUGUAUCACAGAUUGUGUAAUGGGUGAAAUUGAGAAGUUAGGACAGAAGUACCGUGUGGCAUUAAGAAUUGCCAAGGAUCCUCGGUUUGAACGCUUGCCGUGUAUGCACAAAGGAACCUACGCUGAUGACUGCUUGGUGCAGAGGGUCACUCAGCACAAAUGUUACAUUGUGGCCACAGUGGAUAAAGAGCUCAAGCGGAGAAUACGAAAAAUCCCUGGAGUGCCUAUAAUGUAUAUUUCCAGGCACAGAUACAAUAUUGAGAGGAUGCCAGAUGAUUAYGGAGCUCCCCGAUUCUAACCUGUCAAGUCAUCUAUGCCAGGACUGUGAGCCAGGAUAAGGGUCCUUCUGAUUCCAGCCUUCCUGCUUUCUUCUUUUGUUGGAACUCUGCUCAUAGGACUGUGGAUAACACCAAACUGACAUUUUAACCUUGAUUUGCUAAGAAAAAGCUAUUUUGAAGAAUCUGGUAUUAUUCAUCCAUCUUCUGCCUUGGUCUGAUUAAGUACAGCUGGGAGAAGCAUAUGGGAAACAGAGGAUGGCAGUGUCCAAAAUGUGUCUAGCUCUACAUUGGGACCAUUGGAAAAAGUGAUAUCACCAUUCUGAAUUAAAUAUUGAUGAUGCAAUUCUGGCUGAGAAUGAAA